AUGCCUCGAUAUCUCCUCCAGCUAUUACUCACGUCGGCUGCCAGCGUAGCAGCAUUAUCAGAUUGUUACUAUCCAAAUGGCAUCGCCGUUGCACUCUCGGCAGCAUACCAGCCAUGUAUCUCAACAGAGAAUGUCUUCUCCAUGUGCUGCGUGCUCAACGUCACUGCUCUCGUAGGCCUGGGGGAAAGUGCGGCAAACCUCGACACCUGUCUCCCGAAUGGCAUGUGUCAACCUCCAGCUAGCGUAGGAGGCUACGCACGCGACUUAUGUACGGACCCGACGUGGAAAAGUCCAAAUUGCUUGAACGUGUGUGUUGGAGGAUCUGAUGGCGGCUCUGCGGACGAUACCAGCUUUUUAACACAAUGCACCGAUGGCUCCUGGUGCUGCGGAGCAAAGAACACCGCAUGCUGCAACAACAACCAAGGCUUCCAAGUCGCAAAAGCCAUUUCUCCCUAUGCAGCCGCUUCGAGUUCCACAGCCAAAGGGACAACCUCCUCUCCAACCGGCACAGGCACUGGAACUGUUUCCUCAUCCCAAUCUUCUCAAACCAGCUCCUCCACCCACGCGCCCGUUAAAUCCAACACAAACGGCGCGGAAAUCGGACUCGGUGCUGUUCUUGGCGUGAUUCUACUCGCUGUUGUAGUAGUCGGUAUAUUCAUCUUUGUCAAAAAGCAAAGAAGUCACAGAGCACUGGUGGAGUUGGGUGGUGAUUUGAAGGCGAGUUAUCCAAUGAAGCCGAUUCAGCAGCAGGGUGGGAAUGGGGGGAUCGGGUAUACGAAUCAGUAUAACGCGUACCAGGCUCCGAAUGAAGGCGGAGGUAGAGGACUGGUUCAGAAUCAGCAGCACGGCAAUUCGAACGGGUAUGGGAUUACCCCUGCGUCGGCGGGCAUAUAUGCCGCUGAGAUGGACGGGAUUGGUGGGAAAGGAGGGGGAAAUAAAUAA